AGACACUACUACUGCUACUACUACUACUACUACUACUACUGCUACUACUACUGCUACUACUGCUACUUUUUCUCCUUGUACUACCUGCGUUUUUGCCCUGAUGCCCGUUCUGCGGUAGGAGAAGAGGAGAAGAGCAGAGGAGCAGAGUUCGCUGUUUUGUAGGAACUUGCGAGGAAUGGCAAACUCCGUAGUCUCCCUGGAAACGUCCCACUAGUGACAAUGGCUGAGGCGAUCUGCUGUACUCUGGUGAACUGCACCUGUGACAGCUUCAAACCGGGGAAGCUGAAGAGGAGACAGUGUGACAACUGCAAGCACGGAUGGGUCGCUCACGCCCUGAGCAAGCUGAAGGUGCACCACAUGUACCAGAGCAGCCAAGUGGAGAUCGUCCACUCCAACGUGGUGUUUGAUAUCUGCAGCCUGAUGCUCUACGGGACCCAGGCCAUCCCCAUCCGCCUCAAAAUCCUCCUGGACCGUCUCUUCUCCGUCCUCAAGCAGGAAGAGGUCAUCCAGAUCCUCAACGCUCUCGACUGGACUCUGCAGGACUACAUACGAGGAUACGUGCUGCAGGAUGUUGCUGGGAAGGUUCUGGACCGUUGGGCGAUCAUGACGUUCGAAGAGGAGAUCGCGACUUUGCAACAGUUCCUUCGCUUUGGAGAAACUAAAUCCAUCGUUGAACUCAUGGCUCUGCAGGACAAGGAGGGCCAGGCUGUUUUAGUCCCAAGCACUCGCACCAACUCCGACAUCCGCACUUUCAUCGAACGCAACACGCCGAGGACCACCGCCAACCUCACCACCACCAACGUCGAGAAGCUCAGCGGCAACAGCAUGCACCAUUUCGAGAACUUCAUCAACAGCAUGGCGUUUAUGCUUCCUUUCCAGCUCCUCGGUUCAGUCCCCACCCCGUUUCUAGGCUCGCAAAACAGCAUGCUCCAACAACACCAGCAGCGCGCCACCAUGGAAAACCAAAGGCGGGACGAGCCGAGUCGGGACAGCCUCGCGAACCAACUAACUCUUUCGCAUACAAAUGACGGCGGUCUCUUGGGGGCCGGCUCGGCUCCGUUCGGUUCCGAUUUGGACUCUGACAAACAGUUAGACGGUCUCCAAGGAAACGCCACCACGAAAAUCGAACCUGAGGAUUUCUCGACCAGCGAUAACUACUCAGACGGGCCCUCGACUCCCUGCACGCCUUCAAUGAGCUCAGAGGUAGCGCAGAUGUCGCCUGAGGGAAAGAUGCGCUCCCUCGAUAGAAACGGGCCGAGCGGCGGAGGUGCUAAAGGGCGUGUGUUUUGCAACGCCUGCGAAAAGACAUUCUACGACAAGGGGACUUUGAAAAUCCACUAUAACGCCGUGCAUCUCAAAAUCAAACACAAGUGCACCAUCGAGGGCUGCAACAUGGUCUUUAGCUCGCUCCGAAGCCGCAACAGGCACAGCGCCAACCCCAACCCCCGCUUGCACAUGCCGAUGAACCGCAACAACAGAGAUAAGGAUUUGCGCGGUAGCCUGUCCGCGGAUGAGAACUCGCAAGAAAAACGCAACGAUUACGGAAGUCCGAUUUCAGACAAUCACAAGUCCAUGCCAAGUUACAUGAUCAGCCAAGUCGAGAACGGUUCCAAACUCAAUUCGUCGUUUUCGAGUAUCGGGCAAAGCGGGAUUCUGUUUCCGAAUUUGAAAACAGUGCAGCCAGUUUUACCGUUUUACCGUAGUUUAGUCACGCCGGCCGAGCUCGCGAAUACGCCGGGGACUUUGCCGUCUUUGCCGCUUUUGUCGUCAUCGGUGACAGUCAAACCGACGACGAUGCAGGAGCCGUGUAUUUUAGACCCCAUACCAAAGAAGAAGUCGCGCAAAUCGAGUAUGCCGAUCAAAAUCGAGAAAGAGACGAUGGAACUAAACAACGAACUCAUGGACAAAGGUAGCAGCUCCGAAGACGAGAUGCUGCACGGCAAGGAGGAGUUUGACAAUCACGUACUGGCGAGGAAAAAUGAAUUCGAAAACAACGACAAGCAAAAUCUGGGGGAUAAUUUCGACAAACAAGACGGCAGGCAAGUUGAAACUGGAGUCAUAACUUGCGCGACGUCGCCUUUCGAGAAAUCGGAAAAAAACGCAAUGAACGCCGAGGAUGAGAAAGACGAAAUUACCACGCACAAGAUUUCAGAGCACAGGUGGAGCAACGGAGAACUGACCAACGGGAGCUCUCCGCAGAAUUUAGACCAGGAAAAGGAAGAGCUUGAAGAUUUUGGAGAUUCGAAUCUGGACGAGGAUUCGGAGAUGCCGCACCACUGUGAGAUCUGCAGCAAGACUUUUAAAAACCCGUACAGUGUUAAAAUGCAUUAUCAGAGCGUGCACCUAAAGGAGAUGCAUCUGUGCACGGUGGACGGGUGCAACGCAGCUUUCCCAUCGCGACGAAGCAGAGACAGACACAGCUCCAACCUGAACCUCCACCACAAGCUCCUGACCAAAGACCCCUACAGCCCCCCGAGCGGCCGCUUCUCCCCGCUCUCCCUCUGCCGAGACCGGGACUCCGCUCUGGACUUCCCCCCGGAGCCCCUGGACCCCCGAGACCCCCUGACCCGGGACCCCGCCACCCAGACCUCCGUCAUCUUCAGGGGACACAACCGAAUGGGCCUGGUGUACCCUAUGAGCAAACUCUCCAGCAUUCCCAACAGCAACGGCAACUCCCCGGCGAGAGACAAUUUGGAUGAGGAGACGGUAGGGGGCGCCGGCGGGGAAGACGGCGCGGUUUUAGACCUGAGCACUUCCUCUUACGGUCCGGUCCGGGGCAGCGGUAGCGCUCGGUCGUCGUGGGAUUCCGAUGGAGCCGGGAGCGAGGAAGGGAUGGAAGAUCUUGACAUUCCGAUUGAAGACAGCGAGGAAAGCUGCGACGGCAAUAUCGGGAAAAGCCAGGAGCUGAACGCGGACGGGAUCAUGAACUGCGCGGGGCAAGGGGGCGGAGGGGCGCAGGCGAACGGGGCGGGGUCUCCGAUAACUUGCCACGUGUGUCAAAAAGUCUAUAGCAACAAGGGGACUUUCAGAGCGCAUUAUAAAACUGUGCAUUUGAGGUUGCUGCACAAAUGUAAGGUCCCGGGUUGCGAUACUUCCUUUUCGUCCGUGAGGAGUCGGAACAGGCACAGUCAAAACCCAAAUCUACACAGAAACCUCGCGGUGAGCUCAGGACCAACCAUGGACCAAGAGUAGAGACUGAAAAAAUGACUGAAAAUCUGUGUUAAACGUCGACGUGUGUAUGUUUUAUAUUAUAUUCUAUUACUGGGCACCAACACAAAGGCUCACCAUUUAGCACU